GAGCCAAAGGAGGCCAGACAAGAGCAUUGGAUCUCCUGGUACUUGAGCUACAGGCCGGUAAGAACAGUGGCCAUGGGGGACCCUGGACUGUCCAAGCUGCAGUUCGCCCCCUUUAAUAGUGCCCUGGACGUUGGCUUCUGGCACGAACUGACCCAGAAGAAGUUGAACGAGUACCGCCUGGACGAGGCACCCAAAGACAUCAAGGGCUAUUACUACAAUGGUGACUCUGCCGGCCUGCCCACCCGCUUGACAUUGGAGUUCAGUGCUUUUGACAUGAAUGCCCCCACACCUGCCCGCUGCUGCCCGGCCAUGGGAACCCUGUACAACACCAACACACUUGAGGCUUUUAAGACUGCAGACAAGAAGCUCCUUCUGGAGCAGUCAGCAAAUGAGAUCUGGGAAGCCAUAAAGUCAGGUGCUGCUCUUGAAAACCCCAUGCUCCUCAACAAGUUUCUGCUCUUGACCUUCGCGGACCUAAAGAAGUACCACUUCUACUACUGGUUUUGCUGCCCUGCCCUCUGUCUUCCUGAGAGCAUUCCUCUAAUCCGGGGGCCUGUGGGCUUGGAUCAAAGGCUUUCACCAAAACAGAUCCAGGCCCUGGAGCAUGCCUAUGACGAUCUGUGUCAAGCCGAAGGCGUCACGGCCCUGCCCUACUUCUUAUUCAAGUACGAUGAUGACACUGUGCGGGUCUCCUUGCUCAAACACUACAACGAUUUCUUCCAAGGUCAAAGGACAAAGAUAACAGUUGGUGUGUACGAUCCCUGUAACCUAGCCCAGUACCCUGGAUGGCCUUUGAGGAAUUUUUUGGUCCUGGCAGCCCACAGAUGGAGCGGCAGUUUCCAGUCCGUUGAAGUCCUCUGCUUUCGGGACCGCACCAUGCAGGGAGCAAGAGAAGUGACACACAGCAUCAUCUUUGAAGUGAAGCUUCCAGAAAUGGCAUUUAGCCCAGAUUGUCCUAAAGCAGUUGGCUGGGAGAAGAACCAGAAAGGAGGCAUGGGUCCGAGGAUGGUGAACCUCAGCGGAUGUAUGGACCCCAAAAGGCUGGCUGAGUCAUCCGUGGAUCUGAAUCUCAAGCUGAUGUGCUGGCGAUUGGUCCCCACCUUGGACUUGGACAAGGUCGUGUCUGUCAAGUGCCUGCUUCUGGGAGCUGGUACCUUGGGGUGUAAUGUGGCUAGGACACUGAUGGGCUGGGGUGUCAGACACGUCACAUUUGUGGACAAUGCCAAGAUCUCCUACUCCAAUCCCGUGAGGCAGCCUCUGUAUGAAUUUGAAGAUUGUCUAGGAGGUGGCAAGCCCAAGGCCCUGGCUGCAGCAGAGCGGCUCCAGAAAAUAUUUCCCGGAGUGAAUGCCAGUGGGUUCAACAUGAGCAUCCCCAUGCCAGGACACCCUGUGAACUUCUCUGACGUCACGAUGGAACAGGCCCACAGAGAUGUGGAGCAGCUGGAGCAGCUUGUCGAUAACCAUGAUGUCAUCUUCCUACUAAUGGACACCAGGGAGAGCCGGUGGCUUCCAACUGUUAUUGCAGCCAGCAAGCGAAAGCUGGUCAUCAACGCUGCCUUGGGGUUUGAUACCUUUGUUGUCAUGAGACAUGGCCUGAAGAAACCCAAGCAGCAGGGAGCUGGGGACCUGUGCCCAAGCCAUCUUGUAGCACCUGCCGAUCUGGGCUCCUCGCUUUUUGCCAACAUCCCUGGAUACAAGCUUGGCUGCUACUUCUGCAAUGAUGUGGUGGCUCCAGGAGAUUCAACCAGAGACCGGACCCUGGACCAGCAGUGCACAGUGAGUCGCCCAGGCCUGGCCGUGAUUGCAGGUGCCCUGGCUGUGGAGCUGAUGGUUUCUGUCCUGCAGCAUCCUGAGGGGGGCUACGCUAUCGCCAGCAGCAGUGAUGACCGCAUGAAUGAGCCCCCCACCUCGCUGGGACUUGUGCCUCACCAGAUCCGGGGUUUUCUGUCACGGUUCGAUAAUGUCCUUCCUGUCAGCCUGGCAUUUGAUAAAUGUACAGCCUGUUCGCCCAAAGUUCUUGAUCAAUACGAGCGAGAAGGAUUCACCUUCCUGGCAAAGGUGUUUAACUCCUCACAUUCCUUCUUAGAAGAUUUGACCGGUCUUACAUUGCUCCAUCAAGAGACCCAAGCUGCCGAGAUCUGGGACAUGAGUGACGAGGAGACCGUCUGAGGCACCCACAGCUCAGGAAUACUCGGCCCUCAGCGCAGGACUGUACCCCAGGACUGGUGAUCUGGGCCCUGCCACCUCCCUGGUCCUGAUCCCCACAUCUCCAAGGACUAGGGUGUACCCUCUGCUGCCCAGUUGCACCCUUUCCUGUGUCAUCUCACCAGCUCUGAACUCAAUAAUAACCUUGGCAUUGCCACUGAUCUGGGGCUCAGGUCCUUCCAUGUGCAUUGAUCUCCCUCCUCUCCCACUGUUGCCAAAGGACACCCCAGGAUCUUUUCACUGUGGUCUCUGACCGAACAUAGAUCAGACAAGGCUGUGCUAGGAGCCUCACGGGGAGGGCACCUCCUGUGGGCCCUGGGUAACAGUGAGUGCUGAGCGUAUAGCCUCAAGUGUUCAAGUGGCAUACCAAGCCGCUCUCCCCCAGCUGUGGGCAUGUUGAGUGCCACCCUGCUCCAGGGAUGGGAGAGGCCACAGCCCUGUGCUGGGAGAGCAGGGCAAAGCUCUGCUUGAUGGGCGUGUCCAGCUGAGCUCAGUCGGGGCAAGGCUUAUUUUUCCCUUCAUCCCGGGUGGGCCCUUGGCAGCCUAGUCACCUGUACUAAGCAGAUGGGCUGCUCCUAGCAGCCCCUCCCCACGCCUGUGCACCUUCACCUAAGGUCUCAGGGCCAGAAUGGAAGCCAUGCAUGGCUGACUUCAGCAGAUCUCUGUAAGGGAGACUUCAGAGGACCACGGUCUAGCACAGAUGCUGCAGCACGUGGCCCUACCCAUCUGCACAAGGCUCUCCACAGAUAGCCAGGCCUACCUGGCACAGGCCCACAGCCCGCACCCACCCUAGGAGCGGAGAGCCACACAGCCUUGGUUUAAGAGCACUUUAUUAUUGUUCUUAAGGCUACUUUUAAGUA